UGAUAGUGUAAUACGAUGACAUCGGGGGGAGCGGGGGGGAGGACGCCGACGUGGAAGGAGAGGGAGAACAACAAGAGGAGGGAGAGGAGGAGGAGGGCGAUCGCGGCGAAGAUAUUCGGGGGGUUGAGGGCGCAGGGGAACUACAAGCUCCCCAAGCACUGCGACAACAACGAGGUCCUAAAGGCGCUUUGCAACGAAGCAGGGUGGGUCGUCGAGGACGAUGGCACCACCUACCGCAAGGGAUGCAAACCGGCUUCGCGACCUCCUGAAUUGACUAUAGAAGGCCCCUCGGCGAACGUAAGCCCGUGCUCCUCCUCCCACCAUCUCAGCCCACUCAACUCCUCGUACCCUAGUCCGGUCCCUUCCUAUCAUGCAAGCCCGUCCUCCUCCUCCUUCCCUAGCCCCACCCGCGUCAACAACCCUAACCCCAACCCUACCCUUAACCCCUCUUUCCUCCGCAACCUCCCCACCCCUCUCCCCCCCCUCCGAGUCUCAAACAGUGCCCCUGUGACUCCGCCCCUGUCAUCUCCGACUGCCGCCUCUCGCCCUGCGAAGGUGCAGAAAACUAAUUGGGACAAUUCUGCAUUUCCCAAUUCAUUUUUUGCCGUCUCCGCACCCUCUAGCCCGACUAGAACCCGGUUUCACCACCAUCAUGCGACAAUACCCGAGUGUGACGAGUUGGACAUUUCCACCGUCGAUUCUGGGCGGUGGGUCAGUUACCAAAUGACGGCGCCUGCGUCGCCGACGUAUAAUCUUAUCAACCCCGCCGCUCCUCUACCAGAGAGCGCGAGGGUCAUCGGAGGUCUGGAAAGGACAGGGCGUGGCGGUGGGGCGGAGUUUGAAUUCGAGAGCGGGGGGCGAGUGAAGCCUUGGGAAGGGGAGAAGAUUCACGACGUCGGGGUGGAGGAUCUCGACCUCACAUUGGGAGUGGGCAGCGGGUGUGCUAAGUGAGUUGAUGAUCUUGGAGUUAUAUUUGGCUCGGACCGCUCAGGUUCGCGCUGUUCGCUUGUCUUGUGUUGGUAUUAUUCUGUAACGCGCGCAUUAACAUGGGUUGAUUCUUUGAUUGCCUUGAGCAGCAAAUCAUUGUGAUGUUGAGCUACCAGUGUGAUGGCAGUUGCUGGUAGCCUAUUUCUGUAGAUCAGCAAUCAGGGUUUUGUUGCUAGCUUUGUAAAUGUUGGGAAGAAGCUUGCUGAGGAGAAGUAAUAUCUCCUAUCUCCCGUUCUAAUCAGUUGGUUUAUUCCAAUGCUGUUUUCUGGGGUGAUGUGAGCAAUUAAUAUUUUCAAGGAACUGCUGUAUUUAUUAGGUCUACAAGAAAAUUCUCUAAUUGGAUUUUUUUUUUUUUAUUUUA